GACAUGCUCACUAACAGGGAUGGAAACAAAUGUGUGCAUGAAAUUUGAGAGCCAUUCCUUCAAGAAGAAUACGAACUGUUCUACUUGAUGCUGCUUUGAACUGAGUCAUUACUGAACUCUCUCCAUGUCCCUGUGUCUCCUGGAUGCUGCUGUGAAUUGAGUCAUUACUGAACUCCAUGUCCCUGUGUCUACAGGAUUCUGCUGUGAACUGAGUCAUUACUGAACUCUCUCCAUGUCCCUGUAUCUACUGGCCAGGUCACCGCUUUGUGGAAGUAACACGUGGCGCUGAUAUUUAGGCCGAGGUGGGGGUUGGAGAGAGAGACAUUGUCCUGUGUUUGGGAGCGUUGCUUGAGAACCUUCAGUAAAGCUCAUAUCACCAGAACAAAACACACAAAGAGCAGGAAACAAGGCCCAGGGAUAUCCAGUGUCACCUUUCCUCUAUUGUUCGGGAGCAUAGAAACCCAAACCCAAACCCCACCCUCCCCACCUCCCUCCAAAGUGUGAUCUAUAUAAUAAGAUCCUGUUUACUCCUCGUCAUCCCAGAACUCAGGCUAUCAGAGAGAAGGAAGAAGACCACCAGUGGUCAGUCUGAAGGAAUAAGAGGCAGACGAAGAAGAAGGAGAGGAGAGCCUCCAUUGCAACCUUUCCGUGUUCGAGACUGUGCAGCAUUGUCUAGACAGAAGCAGUUUGACUUGAUCGAAUCAUUGACAAAUAACCGUGUAGAGGCUAAAUGUGUGCAGGGGUGUAAGUCGAUCAUCUGUACAACAGCAGCAGUAGAUUCAGCGUACCAGCCGUAGUAACCAGCGGCACUAGUAUACCUUGAACUUCGAACUUUGUAUACUUCAGCCAUGGCUUCCCAGGGCCUCCAGAUUAUGGGAGUAAUGCUGGCCAUGAUUGGCUGGCUGGGGACCAUCCUCACUUGUGCCAUGCCCAUGUGGAGGGUCACUGCCUUUGUCGGAGCCAACAUCGUCACCGCUCAGGUCAUCUGGGAAGGGUUAUGGAUGAACUGCGUGGUUCAGAGCACGGGCCAGAUGCAGUGUAAGGUCUAUGACUCCAUGCUGGCCUUACCCCAGGACCUCCAGGCCGCCAGAGCUAUGGUCAUCGUGGCAGUGAUUGUGGGCGUCUGCGGCGUCAUGAUGGCCAUUGUCGGGGGGAAAUGCACCAACUGCAUGGAGGACGAGGCUGCCAAAGCCAAAGCCUGCAUCAUCGCCGGGAUCGUCUUCAUCAUCUGUGGCCUCCUCAUCUUCAUCCCUGUGUCAUGGUCGGCCAAUACCCUGAUCAGAGACUUCUAUAACCCCUUGGUGAUAGAGGCCCAGAGGAGGGAGCUGGGGGCGUCUCUGUACAUCGGCUGGGGCUCCGCAGGGCUGCUGCUAUUGGGAGGGGGUCUGCUCUGCUGCAACUGCCCCCCCAAGGAGGGCAACAUGGGCAGGCCAUAUGUGGCAGCUAAGUUCGCCCCCGUCCGGACCACAUCUCCAUCCAUGAACUAUGUGUGAGUGAGGAAUAGAGUCUCUGGUGGAUAUGGGGACAUUCUACAUUUUUACAUUUUACAUUUUAGUCAUUUAGCAGACACACUUAUCCAGAGUGACUUACAGUUAGUGCAUUCAUCUUAAGACCGCUUGGUGGGACAACCACAUAUCACAGGCAUAGUAUGUACACUUUUCCUCAAUAAAGUAGCUAUCAGCAAAGUCAGAGCUAGUAAGGGGAGGGGUUCAGGUGCUUUUGGAAGAUGGGACUGGGGAUAUAGGAGCAGGAUGGGGAGUUCAAUGUUACAGAUGAAAUGCUGAUGCUCUUAUUGAGUUGUCCGAUGCUCUUUUGCAGAUGACACUAAGUUUUGUCUAUUCUACAUAUUGCCAGCUCUAUGUUCUAAGUAUAUAUUAUAUCUUAUGACAUGAUUUGAUGUUGGGUCUGCUCCGCUUGAUAUAUUUCUAUAUUCUGAAUUUUGCUAGGUGACUUUGAAGUUGUAAUGUUUUUACAUUGAUGUCCUCCUGUGACAACUUAUUUAUUUUUUCAUUCUGUCUGUAUUUUUA